AUGAAAUUGACCAAACAUGGACGAACUUAUGGAGAAACUGGACAAUGCUUUCUCCAAGAAUGUUUUUGUUAGAGGCCGGUUAAAUUCAAGUGUGGAGCCAAAGAGUGACAAGGAUUUAAUUCGAUAUGUGGUCAAAGCUAUGGCUAUGGAGGCUUGUGCGGAAGAGAAUAAAGCCGUUCACAGAUGCAUGAAACAAAGCUGGUUUAGUGCGUGUAGUGUAAAACAAAGAGAAUACUGGAAUUGUUACCGUAAAGCAACUAUCAGGUUAAGGAAGGAAUAUGGAGUGUACUUGGAUGAUUGAAACUAUUUAACUGCUAAAUGGAAUAGGAAAAUAUAUAUUUACAAAAAUGCUGUGACCAUGGAAGAUAAUCUGCAGAAUCCAGAUCAAAAAUAACCAGCUCUCCACAUGCCAUAAAUCUUUUGGCACCAACCUACCAUUACUUUGAAUUAUUUCACAAAACUUCACUCCUGGUUGUUGAAGAGAAGGGUCCAAAAUAUU